AGUUUUCCGUGCCAUUUUUUAGGAAGUUAUCUGCAAUGGUUUAUUGAUUGUGAUUUUGGGUUUUGGUGAUGAUUUUAGAAGGAGAUGACUGAGGAGAAAUCAGAGCAGCUUUGUUUGAAGAAUAAGCAAAUCGAUGCUGCUUCUAGUUCUUCUGUAUCAGAUGGAAAUGGCAGUGCUAUUCCCUCAUCAUCAAGGAAAACGGGAUCAGCAUUGCCGUGUAAUAGGAGGACCACUGGUCCUGUUAGACGGGUAAAGGAUGGUUGGACGGAAAAGGAGGAUGAAACAUUAAAGAAUGCUGUUGAAGUUUUUAAUGGCAAGAAUUGGAAGAAAAUAGCUGAGUUUUUUCCGGAUAAAUCAGAAGUUCAAUGUCUUCACAGAUGGAAAAAAGUUCUUAAUCCUGAACUUGUUAAAGGACAUUGGACAAAGGAGGAGGAUGAUAAAAUAAUUGAACUGGUGUCUAUACAUGGACCUACAAAAUGGUCUUUGAUAGCCCAAUCAUUGCCCGGUAGAAUAGGAAAACAGUGCCGAGAACGAUGGUGCAAUCAUCUUAGUCCAGACAUAAAGAAGGAUCCCUGGACUUUGGAGGAGGAAUUAGCCCUUAUGAAAGCUCAUUGUACACAUGGCAACAAAUGGGCUGAAAUAGCCAAGGUUCUAUGUGGAAGGACUGAUAAUGCAAUAAAGAAUCACUGGAAUGGUUCUUUGAAGAAAAAGAAGGAUUUCUAUUUAGCUAAUGGAAGACUUCCGCCCAUUCCAAAGAGCAGUAUGGAAGUUGCUGUCAAAGAUACAGUUAAACAUUCUAUAACUAACACAAUUCAUGUUUAUUCGAAUAAAGGAUUAGAUGCCACUGUUGCAUCAUCAUCUAAAGCUACAGACAUUACUAAGCUUGGUAACAGUGAUAAGAAUCAACUAGAAUCCUCUGGAAUAGUUGGAGAGGUUGGAGAUUCUUCUAGUGUUCCACCAAAAAAAUGUGCUGAUUCUGAUUGUGUACACUGCAAUAGAUUAUUCCACAAAGGUCUCCGCUGUAGUAACUUGGAAUCAGGGUCGGGAGACAAUUUUAAAAUAAACAGGGGGCCAAAAUUUGUGAAUCCUGGACUCAAUGCUAACCAGAGAAUUGAUCAUUGUCUGAAUUAUAGUGAUAGGAACGGUGACAGAUCAACUAGAAUUUUUUAUUCAAAGGAAAGUCGAACGUUUGGUUCUUUUUGUCAUGAAUCAUCACGGCUUGAUAAUCCACAUCCUUCAGAAUCUCUUAAUUUUAACAUGUCUUCUGGCAUGCAGAAUGAGUACAUUUCUUCACCAAUGAAGUCAUCUGCUGGUUUCGUAACUCCACCUCAUGUGAAGGGAAUUGAAUCAUGCUCAGAAUCUAUUGAAUCAAUACUGAGAAAGGCAGCUAAAACAUUCCCAACUCCUUCAAUAAUAAGGAAGAGAAGAAAUGGAGGUGAAUUACCUGCCACUCCCAGAAAGCUUGCAAAUGCAGUUAAUUCACAUGUUUGUAAUGAAGAAGUGAGAACAAAUGAUGUUUCUUGUUCUGGAGUUAUGGGGUUAUCUGUCAGUCCAGCUAGCCAUGGCCAUGGGAGUAAUAUUCUUCAAAAUAAUGCUUUGAACAUGACUCCUCUGUACCGAUUAGGAUCCAAGCAAACAGCUGUUAAGUCUUUGACGAAACAACUUGAUUCUGCAUUUUACAUGGAGAAAAGUGCUUCUGUGAUGGAAAAGUCUACUGAGAGAGUGUUGUGAUGACUGAAGAUAGUCUUCAUAAAACAAAAUUGGCAGAGACAUAGUUUGGAUUGCCAUUGGUCUUGCUGAAGCUGAUUGAAUUUUGAUCGCAGUCUGACAAUUUUGCAAGUGCUAUAUUUCAUUGACGAAGCAGAAACCGUUACACGUGUAUAUUUCAUUUGAUUGUGGAUAUAUAGUUCGUAUGGUUUUACACUGUUCACACAAGUUUUGUAGAUAUUUAUAUACCUUGAGAAAUAA